AUGCCCUCCAUGGUUGUGGUGCCAUCGACUGGACAGGAGAAGCGACGGGUGUGGGUAGAUCGAGUCCAUUCCAUCGUGUCUAAUCGGCGGAAGAAAGAUGAAGAACAGUACUUAGUGCGCUGGACAACAGACGUCGACACCUUGCAGCCACCACUGAGCUGGCACUCCAUCUAUGAACUGGUGCGAUGUUUAGAGCAUAUUCAGGAUUAUUUGGAUAUUCGAGAGCGAUCCCGACAGGCCGGUUCACAGCGAUCCGCGGAGAGUCGAAAGAGAAAAGCUUCAAAAAAUGAAUUGGAUGUUGAGUGGCGACAUGCUCCCUUCGAACGUCUGCAGGGAGAGAGGGGUCACAGAUCUUCCAUGUCACCCUCGUUAUCGGAGACGCUUACGGCAUCCACUUCAGCGGACACAUACAAUGGUGUUCUCGACAUGAAUGAGGCAGGGUUCAUCUACUGUCGCCAUGACGCCAACACGGAUACUCCCCGUAUUACCAUCAACUCAGUUCCCACCCCGGAAAUGCUAGCCGACGCUUCAGUAUCGAGGGUCGACACCGCUCUCAAGCUAAUACGCGAUGCUUACGUCCGCAAACUAAAACGCGUGCCCGGAAAACCAAUCCACUUGAUUAACACGAUUGACUCGUCCACGCCGUCUCUCCGCUUCCGCUACAUCUCAGGCUACGUCCUUGACCCGAAGAGCGGGGUCGAACGUGUGUCUUCCGAAACCCAGGAAGGCUGUCAGCAAUGCUCUCCGCAGAUGGGUCGCAGCAUUGGCUGCGAAUACACCAAGAAAUGUGAGUGUCUAGAGUAUGCGGCCGUAGACGAGUCGCGCAUCACGGACCCAGAGAUGAAAGCUGCGUAUGCAGAGGCCAUGGCAACGGGUGGGUCCACCAUGGGCUUUCCCAAAAAAUUCCCCUAUUUCGCGUCGGGCACCAAGAUUGCAAAGACGGGGUGCCUGGUGCCGUUUUAUCUCGAGUCGAGACGCCCGAUUUAUGAAUGCAACGACCGUUGCAAGUGUGGAAGGUAUUGCCGGAACAAGAAUGUUCAGUUUGGGCGACAGGUCGAGGUGGAGAUCUUUAGGACAGAGGGCGGACGCGGAUGGGGCUUGCGCUGCAAGACGGAUCUACACGAGGGGCAAUUCGUCGACACGUAUCGAGGUGAGAUUAUUACCGACGCCCAGGCCACAGAACGCGAAGGAGCUUCUUCCAAGGCAAAAGCGUCGUACCUCUACUCCUUGGACAAGUUUGCCAUGUCAGAGGGCAUCGCGAAAGAGGCAAUUCUGGUCGUGGACGGAGAAUUCAUGGGUGGGCCGAGCAAGUUUAUGAACCACUCGUGUGAACCGAAUUGUCGACAGUAUACCGUGUCCUACAACAAGCACGACCCGUUCAUUUACGAUCUGGCCUUUUUUGCUUGCCGCUUUAUUCCUGCUGGAGAGGAGUUGACAUUCGACUACUUGGACAAGGAUGAGGACGACGACGUGGAAGAGAGUGAUCGAAGUGAAGGUGCUCAGCCUUGUCUCUGCGGGUCGGCCAAGUGUCGCAAGUGGCUUUGGACCUGA